AUGACUCGCAUGCAAUACGCUUCUCGGACGAUGGAAGGUGUUGAGAUGGCCGAGAUAACCGCCAGGGACUUGAAACUAAGACUCCCUGGAGGAGACAGCUGCGACGCAGCCUCCUUCAAUCCGACAGUCAAGAUUGAUCUCUCAGGCCGCAAGCUGACUGACGAGGGCUUUGAUAUUUUCAUCGAUGCCCUGCUUGAGACUCUCCAGAAAGAGAGAGACGACAAACACCCGGAAGGCUUUGUCCGGCUCUUCGAGCUCCAGCUGAGCGGCAAUUGUCUAACCUACAAGUCGUUGCCGAAGUUGGGUAGGGCAAUCAGACUCAGCACCGGUGAUCUGAGCAACAUUGAUCUGUCUCAGAAUUGUAUCCAGGUCAGUACCGCCAGGCAAAAGGCGGCUUGGAAGUAUUUCUUGGCAUCCUUUGAGGAGUGCUACAUGCUCAAGAGAGUCAACCUUUCUGAGAAUCCUCUUGGUACCCCCGGCGUGGAGAUUUUAGCUAGGGUAUACAUCCGCAGCAACCUUGGAUUUCCGAAUCAGGAAGCUCCUCUCCCCGACGAAGGAACUCAGUCCAGUGUUGUUGGCGAAGGCGAGGACUUGCCUUCUGAUGACAACAGUCCUAACAUUGAUCAUUUUACCUCUCUCUCAAUCGAAGACAAAGCUCCAAGCUCCGCGCAUCCCAUGGAUAAAUAUGUAACGCCUCAACCCGAGGGAGCGUCUGAGAUUGCAUCGGAGAGCAACCAAAGACACUUCCGCAAAACCCGUGGUCUGCGGUCAGUGCCAGAGCUGAUUAUGACCGGGAUUCCGAUGUCAGCCAUUGGAGUAAUCCACCUGUCGGGAAUGUUAAAGAUGCAGGAAUCACGCGAAUUCCUCUGCUAUUAUCUUCCAGAGACGGAGGUGGCUGCCUCUCAAUCGGAAGCUGAGGAAAAGAAUCCGAGCAUCACUUGGCGACCAAAUGAGCAUUUACCUCAAAAGGUCAGUCAAUUGCUGUACUGGGCAACCGAAAUUUCGAAGCAAGCUCCGUCUUUCUAUGGGCCCACCUUGUCUGUGGCUAUUAGCAAUUUGGAGACUCCCAUUCCGAUUGCCUCGCGCAAAGGUAAACCGUGGGAAGAUACAUCUUGUAGUAAAUUUCACAUUGUCGCUAAGCGGCUCUACGAUCUCGCGACUGCGAGUGAGAUCCGUGACUCGGAGAUCUGGGGAAUUGCCGUGAGGAUGGGGAAGAUGGUGGAAACCAUCCUGUUCAAUAAGAAAUGCAUCUAUGCUCAACUUUUGUCAGGAAAGAUGCUUCAAUGCUUUGGACUUGAAAGGGACAUGAUAGAUGCCAUCAACCUUGGAUUGUUUCAUUCCCGUCAACGGUUGGAUGGACAAGAGCUCCAGGAACCCGAGGAAUCCUGGCUUGGAUUAUCGCUAGACACAUGGGUGGAUAUCAUGGGUAUGUCCCUGGACAAAGGAAACUUCCUCACUACCGAUCAGAAGAAGUGUAUUCUUGAAUACGUGGUGUCUAUGGGUGGCAUGUUCUUACCUGCGAUAACACCAAUGGACGAGUUAUGGGAGUUUCUUCUCGAGGUCAAUUGCAUCAUGUAUCACGAGUCUUGA